AGCGAAGUGCGGACACACAAACGAAUCGUGCGCGCAAAUGAGCUGAACAACCAGAGUUCGGAGCAAAAAUUCCGAAAAAUUCAACAAAAUAUAGAGCAUACUCUAUAUUAAAAGCAACCCAACUGUGAUAAUAAAACCAAAAAACGACAUAAAACCUGCAAAAAUCAAACAUGUCUGCUGCGAAUAAGGUCAAUCACUUGGUAGGAGCCACCAGUCGCUUUAUUGCCGGACGGAAUGCCGUCCAGACGGUGUACUGGCGCACCUCGGCCGGACCCAAUCCCCGGAUGGUGAAGACCAACAAGUUCUGCGAAUUUGAUCGCUCCCAGAAGGCCCCCCAGAGUGUCCGGCUGCAGAAGUACAAUCGCAGCUUCAUCGGCAGGGAGGCCUAGUUGCGGAAUUCCGGAAGGAUGUCUUCAGUUCCGGCCUUGAGAUGUUCCUAAUCUUCAUUUUUUUUUCGAGCACUUUAUUGUAUAUAUAUUUUUCGAGUGCGUAUAGUAGAACGAGUAUUUUCUGAGGCGAUAAAUGUCGAGCUGAGUGCCUCGAGCGAAUCGAAUCUAAAUGAAGCCAGCGCUACGAUUUUUCAUGUACCUUGGCAUAGAAAACAUAUAACAAAGAUUAAAUAAAUGCAUUCUAGAGCGUAGAUAAUAGAAAUACAAA